GCCAAUUAGAGGAUGACGUCAUGCAGGUGGGCAGUGAUGUUGAACUUCGCUGCUGAUGAUAUCCAGAAUACAACACGUCUGAAAGGGUGAAAUGUAGAGUGUGGAGGCCAAAGUGUGUGGGCAUGUAGAGCAUCCAACCUUCAUGCUGGAGACUGGAGUUUGUGUCUGUGAUCGGUCCGCCAUGCUGCCCAGGCUUCCCAUCUAUAUCCUCAUUUCUUUGCCAGUUCUUCUGGUGCAGGGCGGCACUGCCGAUUCAUCCAAGAAGAGUCCUGCUGCCCCCUCCGGCCCUCCACCCCGCCCGCCUCCUCCUCUUGGUGACCCCACCUGGGCUCUCGGUCUACAUCUCUACCAGGCCCUCCGCUCUGACUCCAGCUCUGUAAACACCCUCUCCUCCCCUCUGCUCCUGGCCUCCUCGCUUGGAGGAGCGCUGGGUGGAGGUUCAGCGGGCACCACUUCCAGCCAGCUCCAAGACCUCCUCAAGACGCCAUCAUCCCCCGCCAAGGCUGCAGAGCUUCUGUCCGAGGCGUUGAAGAGCUUCACCGCAGCCAACGGUACCAGCUUUCACCUGCACGCAUCCUCUGCUCUGUUUUCCAAGCAGGCUCCUGCAGUCAGCGAGGCGUUUGUGAAGGAGAGCCAGGCCAGGUUCGGGCUGCAGCAUCGGCCUCUGGUGAAAGGAGACUCCAAGGCUGACCUGAAGCAGCUCCAUGGCUGGGCUAAGGCUGGGCUCGGUGGGCUGGAGGGAGCUCCUUUAGAGGCUGAAAUCCAGGCUAGGGCUGGAGCUCUGAUACUGGCCAAUGCCCUGCACUUUAAAGGGCUGUGGGAGAGAGAGUUCAGCGUGGGGAGCACAGAUCAUCGUACCUUCUUGGGGAAGAAAUACACCAAAGUGAUGAUGAUGCACAGAGCAGGUUUGUACCGUCACCAUGAAGACAUGGAAAACAUGGUGCAGGUCCUGGAGGCGCCUCUAUGCGGGGGCAAGGCCAGCGUGGAGCUCCUCAUGCCCUUCCACGUCGAGAGUCUGGCGAGGCUGGAGAAGCUUCUGACCCUUGAACUGUUGUCCAAGUGGCUGGAGAAGACCAAUAUGACCAGUAUGUCCAUCUCGCUGCCCGUGGCGAACAUCAGCAGCACACUCAGUCUGCAGAAACAGUUGUCUGCUCUGGGUUUGACUGACGCCUGGGACAAGGGGGCGGCCGAUUUCUCCGGGGUGUCAGACAAGGGCAAGGGGAAGCUGCACCUGGGCGGAGUCCUUCAUUGGGCCUCCCUGGAGCUGGCUGCUCAAGCUGGGAAAGGAGGCGCGGACCUACAGGAGGAGCACAUAGAAAAGCCCAAGCUGUUCUACGGCGAUCACCCCUUCAUCGUCUUUGUCAGAGACGACGCUACUGGAGCCCUGCUGCUGAUGGGAGCUCUGGACCAUGCAGAGGGAGAGGCCCUCCAUGAUGAGCUGUAAUACCCACCAACAUCUAUCCCCUUUCCUGUCUCUUUCUGUCUCUUGUUUCUUACACACUCCCUCUCAAAGACUGCACACUGGUUUCUAAGUCGAGACAUUGUCAUUCACCGUGGCACACUAUCACAUCAGACCACGGCUGGCUGUCACACAUUGACACUGACUAGUCUCGCGCUGACUGACACUGACACCGCCAUACCCGACACUUACACAUACCGACACCUACAUGGCAUACAUAAAAAUACAGUACAAGACAUUACUAAAGUUGACGGGUACAGCUAAAAGCACCAACUUGGAGAGACUCCCUGCGUUUUGUCUCUCCCACGCAUGUGCACCCACACACACACAUUCAAGGCCUCAGUGAUCAAGUCAAAACAAAAAUGACAAGAAUGCACUGACAAACACUAACACGCUGACAAGCAGAAGUGCUAACACUCACUCAACACUUACAGCAGCAUCCACAAAGAACAUUCAAGAAUAAAGGCUCCAAGUGACACUUGAGGCAAACACCAGGGCAGGUGAAUGUGUGUGAAUGUGUGUGUGUGUGUGUGUGGUGACCGACAGAUCAAGGGUGCCCAUUCGGCUGCUCUCGGAGCUGGCAGGGACCCACGGCGGGGGUCCCCUGGGCUACAUCAGAGGAAGACUGAUGGAUCAGCCAAGUGCUUAUUGAUGAGCCAGCUUAAUGCUAAUGGCCGUAAUGAGUCACAACGCUUGUCAACAACACGGAGAGGACGGGGGAACCUUUUAAUCUCUUAAUACCAUCAGGGAUCAAUGACAGCAUUGUGCCGCUGGAAACGAACAUGACUGACAUCGCUUGACUUAAAUGUAACAAAUUAAUAUUUAGGAUGAUUACUGCUAUUCAUAGAGGUAUUGAUUUUCAGUUGUGUACUUGUUUUUUAAAAGCACCAGAGGGGGAUGGUUGUAAUAUGGGAAUGAACUAGAGUAGCUACUGUUGAUGAGGUUUAAAUACAUAUUUCUAUUUGAUACAGACCAAUAAAUCAUCAAAACGUGUACUAUUAAAGAGGACCUAUUAUGGUUAUUAAGGUGCAUACUUGUAUUUUCUACUAGAACAUGUUUACAUGCUUUAAUGCUUUACUUUGCUGGCCACUUCUGUUGUGAUUGGUCGACCGAACCAAACUUUUCGGACUCUAACUAGCUUUGUUUGAGGGCGUGCCAAACUAGCCGCUAGGCGGGUAUUAUGCAAAUGUGUUACUUGGUGACAUCAUCACGUUACGGAAGAAAAGGCGGGA